AUGGCGGCGGCAGCUCCUCUCAGUGAGGCGGCGGCGGCGGCGGCGAACGGCGCUGUGGCCGAGGCCAGCGACACGGAGGUCCGCGUGCUUCAGAGCCUGCGCGGCAAAAUCUGUGAAGCCAAGAAUUUAUUGCCGUAUCCUGGACCCAACAAAAUGAGAGAUUGUUUCUGCACCAUAAAUUUGGACCAAGAAGAAGUUUUUCGUACUCAGGUUGUUGAAAAGUCAUUAAGCCCAUUUUAUAGUGAAGAGUUUUACUUUGAGAUUCCAAGAACUUUCCAGUAUUUGUCUUUCUACAUUUAUGAUAAGAGUGUUUUACAAAGAGAUCUUCGAAUAGGAAAAGUCGCCAUCAAAAAAGAAGCCUUGUGCACCCACACUGGAAAAGAAACAUGGUUUUCCCUUCAGCCUGUUGAUUCCAAUUCUGAGGUUCAGGGUAAAGUUCAUCUGGAAUUAAAACUGAAUGAACUCAUCACUGAUAAUGGAUCUGUGUGCCAGCAGCUUGUAGUACAUAUCAAAGCAUGCCAUGGAUUGCCUCUCAUAAAUGGACAGAGCUGUGAUCCUUAUGCUACAGUUUCUCUUGUGGGACCUUCAAGGAAUGACCAGAAGAAGACAAAAGUAAAGAAGAAAACAAGCAAUCCACAGUUUAAUGAAAUAUUUUAUUUUGAGGUAACCAGAUCUAGUAGCUACACCAAAAAGUCCCAGUUUCAGGUAGAGGAGGAAGACAUUGAAAAGUUAGAAAUCAGGGUUGAUUUAUGGAACAAUGGAAACUUGGCUGAUAAUUUUCUGGGAGAGAUCAAAGUUCCUGUAAAGGUGUUAAGAAAUGAUUCCUCUCAUCAAGCCUGGUACUUACUCCAGCCAAGAGACAAUGGAAAUAAGUCCUCAAAAACUGAUGACCUGGGGUCACUUAGAUUAUACAUAUGCUACACAGAAGACUAUGUGCUUCCUUCAGAGUACUAUGGUCCUUUGAGAAGUUUGCUGCUAAAAUCCCCAGAUGUUCAGCCUAUCUCUUCCUCAGCUGCUUACAUUUUGGGUGAAGUUUGUCGAGAUAAAUACGAUGCUGUUUUGCCUCUCGUGCGACUGCUGCUGCACCACAAUAAGUUUGUUCCUUUUGCCACUGCAGUGGCUGAAUUGGACUUGAAGGAUACUCAAGAUGCAAACACAAUUUUUAGAGGAAAUUCCUUGGCUACUCGAUGUCUGGAUGAGAUGAUGAAAAUAGUGGGAAGGCACUACCUGAAAGUGACAUUAAAACCUAUCUUAGAUGAGAUAUGUGAAUCCUCAAAAUCCUGUGAAAUUGAUCCUCUCAGAUUGAAAGAAGGGGAUAAUGUAGAAAGUAAUAAGGAGAAUCUGCGUUACUAUGUGGAAAAAUUAUUCAGUAUGAUUAUACAGUCCAAUAUGAGCUGUCCCACUGUCAUGUGUGACGUGUUCUAUUCGCUGAGACAUAUGGCUGCUCAAAGAUUUCCUAAUGACCCUCACGUACAGUAUUCUGCCGUCAGCAGCUUUGUAUUUCUUCGUUUCUUUGCUGUAGCCGUAGUGUCACCUCAUACUUUUCAUUUACGACCUCACCAUCCAGAUGCACAGACAGUUAGAACAUUAACUCUCAUCUCAAAAGCCAUUCAGACUUUGGGAAGUUGGGGAAGUCUGUCUAAAAGCAAGUCAAGUUUCAAAGAGACAUUCAUGUGCGAGUUUUUCAAAAUGUUUCAAGAAGAGAGAUAUAUUGAAGCAGUUAAAAAGUUCUUGGAAGAAAUUUCAUCUACUGAAAGUAAAGAACCCAGUGGUAUGAGUGAGCCAGUACAUCUAAAAGAAGGAGAAAUGUACAAAAGAGCUCAAGGAAGAAAUCGGAUUGGAAAAAAAAAUUUCAAGAAACGAUGGUUCUGCCUCACAAGCAGAGAACUCACCUACCACAAGCAACCAGGUAGCAAAGAUGCAAUUUAUACCAUUCCAAUCAGAAACAUUCUUGCUGUGGAAAAACUGGAAGAGAGCUCUUUUAACAAGAAAAAUAUGUUCCAAGUGAUACAUAUGGAAAAACCACACAUAGAGAAACCACUUUAUGUCCAGGCAAAUAACUGUGUUGAGGCAAGUGAGUGGAUAGAAGUACUGUGUAGGGUAAGCCGCUGCAACCAUAGGAGACUGAGUGCCUACCAUCCCUCGGCGUACCUGAAUGGAAAUUGGCUUUGUUGUAAAGCUACCAGCGAGCAUGCUGCAGGCUGCACUCCAUGUACUGCAGGUGUUCCUGCAGACAUCCAAAUAGAUAUUGAUGAAGACAGAGAAACAGAAAGAAUUUAUUCCCUUUUUACCCUUUGCAUGCCUAAACUGCAGAAAAUGGAAGAGGCUUGUGGAAGUAUAGCGGUUUACCAAGGACCACGGACAGAGCCAGAUGACUAUUCCUAUCUUACGAUUGAGGACUCCGUAACAACUUUUAAAACACUUCAGCAAAUAAAAGUCAUCCUUGAAAAGCUAAAUGAACCUCAUGAAAAGUAUAGAAAGAAGAGAUCAACUAAUGCCAAAUAUGGUAGUGAGGAAAAUCCAAUUGUUGGGAAAGUGUCCUAAUCGGAUUAGAAUAUGACCAACUGAUUCAGAAGAAACUGGAAUUACUGUUUUUAUUGAAGUUUUUUUUAUUAAUAAUAUAUACUGUCCAGAGUAUUAAGAAUGGACAUUGGUUUCAAUGUUAUCUGUGUUCACUUUGUAUUUAAUAUGUAAUUGAUGGAACUGUUUGGGAAGCCAUAUCGAGGCUUACCUCCUGUGUUGUAUUGCCAGAAAAUUUUCAAGUUGAGGUUCUUUUCAUAUCAAAUGUGUUUGCAGCCAUGUUUCUGCAACUGCUUUUAAUUGGAAAGAAUAUUUCUAAGGAAAUAAGUUCUGAUGAAGGCUAUAAUCUCCCGUUGCAGACAGCUUCUCAUAGCCUGUCUGUAGUCUGAGAACCUGUGUUCACCACCAGUGCCUGCUAUAUGCUGCCAACAGUUUAUUGCAAUAGAAAAUUCCAACACAUGGCACCGACCUAUCCAGAGCUCUCCAUUUAGGACAACCAGAGCUCCCUAUUCAAAAUAAUAAUUUUCUUUGAUAAUCCAUUGAUCAUAACAAGUCACAAAGGUGACUGAAGCAAAUACUUUGGAAAACUGCCGGGUUGGUAGGUAAACCAGUGCUUGCUUUUAAAAUUUAAAUAUGAUUCAAGUAGGAGAAAUCAGGGAAUUUGUGCAUCUUGUUUACAUUUGGAAUGAGUAAUGGCAGAUGAAAAUAAGAUGAGACCACUUUGUGUUUCAAAAGGAAAAAAAAUCAGGUACUCAUUUUUCUUUAAUAGAAAUUUCAGGGUAUUAUCACUUCUGAAGACAGAUAUAUUUUCUGAAAAUGAAAAGAAAGGAUACAGUGAAAGAUGGUGGUAAGAAAAAUCACUUGAUUUCACUUACUUCCUGAAAAAUGAAGGGUCAUCUUAAAUAGGCCCAACUCAUCUCACGUUAAAGAAUUUUAUUCCACAAUAAUCACUCAGAGCACUUUACAAAUCUGGCCUGUCCCAGAUUGUGCAUUAGAUGCCUUGGAGUAUCUAAUGAUCUAAUGAUCAGUUGAAUGAUCAAUGGGGGGUUUUUGUUUUUGUUUUUGUCUUUUUGAUUCUAAAAAACAGUUCUUAAGUGAACAUGUUUGUAUUGCAUUUGUGUUUCUUUAGAAUUUGCUAGACCCGGGGAAUUUGGUUUAGCAAGUUUUGCCUGUCAGAAAUUCAAAUUUUGUUUUCUCUGAAUAAUUUGCCCUAAAAAAUGAUAAUUGUAUAGAAGCAGUAGAAGCCAGUUGCCUCUUUGCAGAUGGUAGGAGGCAUAAAUGUUGCUUCAUCAGUAUUAAAAACUAUGGUACUCUUUUAUUUUUAAAUGCAGAAACACUCCCUAUGGUACUUCGUUCUUGGAGUAUUUAUGGUUUUCUGUUUCAAACUGUGACUUAUCAAUAUAAGUCUGGAUUAUGUUGUACUGGUGACGUUGAUGUUUUUAAACAUAAGCUACAGUUUAUAAUAUAUUUUGGCAUGUGAAUUUAA